GCUGUGUCAUAUGACAAUAGGCAGAUAUUAGCACGUGAUGGAACAAAGUAAAAGCAAAGCAACCAGGAACUCGUUCAUCAUCACCUCCUUUACACAGUGCAGUUGCCAGAAGUGCAGCUUAACAGGAGUACACAGACCAUGAUGUUUGGGAGCUUGCUGUUUGCCGUGUGUUGUAGUGCAGCACUGGCCCAUUUCAACACAAAUCUAGACCAACACUGGGAGUUGUGGAAGAAGACACAUAACAAGAUUUACUCCAGUAAAGUUGAAGAACUGGGCAGGAGGGAGUUGUGGGAGAGAAACGUUGAACUUAUCACUCUUCACAACCUGGAGGCCUCCAUGGGCCUGCAUUCAUAUGACCUGGGCAUGAACCACAUGGGAGACAUGACAACAGAGGAGAUCCUGCAAACGUUAGCCACAACUCGUGUCCCCCCUGGCUUUAAGAGGCAAGCAUCAGAAUUUGUGGCCUCUCCUGGGGCUUCUGUCCCAGACUCUCUGGACUGGAGAGAGAAGGGAUAUGUCUCCAGUGUGAAGGACCAGGGUGCAUGUGGUUCAUGUUGGGCAUUCAGCGCUGUUGGGGCUCUUGAAGGUCAGCUGAUGAACACCACAGGAAAGCUGAUCGACCUCAGUGCUCAGAAUCUGGUGGACUGUUCCUCCAGUUAUGGCAACGAGGGCUGCAAUGGUGGUUGGAAGAAUGCUGCCUUUCAGUAUGUUAUUGAUAAUGGAGGAAUAGACUCGGAGUCAUCUUACCAUUAUGAAGGAGUGCAAGGGACAUGCAGAUAUGAUCCAUCCAAGCGUGCAGCAAGCUGCAGAAAGUACUACUCUGUCCGUAAAGGAGAUGAGGAGGCCCUGAAGCAGGCUGUUGCCAACAUUGGGCCAAUUUCAGUGUCCAUUGAUGCCACCCGCCCUCAGUUUAUCAUGUACCACAGUGGAGUUUACAAUGAUCCAUCUUGCAGCAAAACCACAAACCAUGCAGUACUGGUUGUGGGAUACGGUGCGAUUGCUGGACAGGACUUUUGGCUGGUCAAAAACAGUUGGGGUACCCGUUUUGGAGAUGGUGGCUACAUCCGUAUGGCCAGAAACCAGAACAACAUGUGCGGCAUCGCCUCAUACGCCUCCUAUCCGAUUAUGUAACUGAAACACAUGCUGAAAUCUAGGAAUAUAGAUAAGAAAUGUGUAAAUUUCUUACCUGUAAAUGAGUUUUCUAUAUCCUUUUUUUUUUGGUCAAAUUUCCAUUGUUUUUUUUUUUUUUUAUCAAAAUGUAUUUUAAGAAUGUCUUACAGUAUAAAUAUGAAAUCUCUCUAUUGUGAACCUUUAAAAGAAAAAUUGCUUUCACUCUACUCAGUAUAUUUACAAAUGACUUGGUUUUAUUCAGUGCAACAUCACAACGAACAGUUUGACAUGAGGUAUUAAAGGAUUUUUCAAGAUCAGCACAGAAUGUCCAGUUAUGAUUGACAUUUAGAUUGCUGUGAUUUUUACACCUUUGUUUGAUUAGCCACAUUCAUAAGGUAACAAAAGGGAGAGAAUGACAUAAAAUGACACAGAUGUUCACACCAGCAGAAAUAGAUUUUAAAUAAGUGAUUGGUAAAAGAAAACUCGAGUCUGUUUCUCUGAACAAUUAAUAAGUGGAUCUCCAGAUGCCAAGAAUUCCUUGAGAAAAUUAAUUCAGUCAGCCUAUGUUAUGAUCCAACAGUUAAGUUUGCUAAAAUAAAAUUCCUGUGCCAGAGCUUUGAGUCUAUUUUUAUUUUAGAUGCUGUUUUUUGUGAAGCUCUCGUGAAGUAAACUGACCACAAUCUCACUUGC